AUUUUAUUCAUGUCCUAGAGAUUUUAUGCUAAUGAUCGAGCAUGAUUUUUCUUGUAACUUUCCUCUUCGCAAUAAAUCAUGGUGGUGAGACACCGAGAGAGAGGGUAGAAAAGCAGCUAAAGAUAACCUCUUAAGCCUCUUUAAGCUAAGAAACAUCACCUUUGGUACUCCGCCUGAAGAAGGAAAAUGCCAUUUAUAUGAUAGUGUAGGCUGUUUCAUUUGUGAAAGUUGUUUUACUAGCUUUUAAGCAAAGCGAUUUAAUCGAAUCAAAAUGUAAACAUAUGACCAAUGAUCGAUAUUAACAAAAACAAAAUUGCAAAAUAGGUUCUCUAUCACAAGAGUCAUCAACCAAAGUCCCUAAUUUCUGAGGUUAAAGCGGUCCAAUUCGAGAGAGCCCUUGUUUAAAACCUAAUUUAAAUCACGCAGUGCAUGUUGCAGUGCCCCAAAAAGGUUAGUGAAAAAAGUUAAAAGACCCAUUUUUAGCUAUGGUUGCAAAUCAGACUACCUUUGUUACAUCAACCGUAUGCUAGAUCAAAGGUAAACCCCCGUGAGCCAACUAAGAGGUUAUCAAUGACAAUUAAUUUUAUAUUUUUAACUAAAAGCUUUUGAACAAUAGUGCGAUAAAUUUUAGUAAAGGAAAGAACCAAAUACGUCCGAUCUUCAAGAUUUCUAAGAAAUGAUCAUGUUAAUGUGAAUGAUUUACGAAAUGCGGCGACCAGCUUAGAAACUUUGAGUAAAACAGCCUUUUAACUCAAACCCCCAAAUGUACUGUUCGGUCGCAUUUCUCCUCAGAAGCUCUCUUCCACCAUAUCAAUAUUUGUAGUGCGUUUCCUGAAAAUUUUUUUAAAAGAAUUCGGCUAGAAAAGUUGCUCACGCUAAAGUUUGAAAUGUUUCAAAGUUGUGCUCAAGUACAGGCUUGGGUUUGUUAUCAUUGAGCUAGGUAGAAAGCUUGAUAAGUUAUCUUAUCCCUGUUUAAAAUGGCGUCGCAUGGAAUCGAGGACGCCGGACAGUGGCCUAUGCAAAUGAGCAUAAGUAAGCCGUUGCUAGGCUUCAUCGGAUUGUGGACUCACUAAAACCAGCAAGAGACCGAGCGAAUGACAUUGCUUGAGUGACGUGACUUUCGCUAGUUUCAGCGCACCGUCUUUAGAUCGUCAUGUUGCUAGAAGCCCUGGGUGCAGUACUGUCCCUGCCAUUCCUGGCCUUGUUCGUGUUCAGCGCUUAUCUGCUUUACCAGCAUUCCAGAUACGAUCAUCUACCUGGGCCCGCGCGCGAUGGCUUUUUCAGCGGUCACAUGCCGACUGUACGACGCAGGCGCACUCGAGAGAAGAUCAUCAUUCACCAAAUAUGGGCUGACCUGGCCUCACAGCACAUGCCCCUGUAUGUAUUCUGGUUUUUCCACCGUCCGGUGGUCAUGAUUUCGGACGCCAAUCUGGUCAAGGAAGUCUUAAUUAAACAGGAUCUGCACAAGGAUCCGUUCGGCUAUAAUCAUUUUGCAAAUCUGUUUGGUCAUCGGCUACUCGGUGGAAGUCUACUCUCAGAGGUGGACCAUGACAAGUGGAAGCAUCAGCGAGCUCUGCUCAACCCAGCUUUUCAUUACAAAAACCUUGUGGCAGCGCUCGGGGGAUUCAACUCAAGCUGUGAUAUCUACCUGAAGAAACUGGCGACGCUUGCUGAAGAUAAUAAGGAGGUCUCCAUGGCGGACGAGCUGGUGAGACUCGCACUGGACGUGGUUGGCAAGGUUGCUUAUGAUCUUGACGUAAAUUCAAUCAACGCCCCAGACGCGCCCAUUCCCGCCAACACGCGAACGGUACUAGAAGGCCUGGUACAGAGCUUUCGUAAGCCCUUCAUCCGGUUCCAGCCCUCUACGUACGACUUUCAGCGCAAGUGCAUUGAGUCGGUGGAGUUUUUGCGUGGAGCGGCACGAGGUGUGAUCGAAGCGAGGCUGAAGGCGAUGGCGGCUGAGGAAGACACCCAUGACGACAUCUUGACGCACAUCGUGAAAAUCGGCCAACAUAGCCCUGAUACGACCAUGGAAGACUUGAUCGAUCAUUUCAUCACCUUUAUUGUCGGAGGCCAAGAGACGACGUCUAAUCACAUGGCUUUUGCGCUUCUUGGAAUCCUUUUGCACCCUGAGAUUGAGCGCAGGAUAGUAGCCGAGGUGGACGAGGUCUUAGGCUCCAGGCAACACGUGACCCAAGAGGACUUGAAUAAGAUGAAGUACCUCGACCAGUGUAUGAAAGAGGCCCUGCGCCUGCAUCCACCUCAGCCAGCGGUCACUCGCACAACCAAGAAAGAGACAAAGCUCGGUAAUUACGUCAUUCCCGCGGGCACUAGCGUCAUGUGUGAUGUCCACGUGCUUCACCAUCAUCCCAAGUACUGGGACGACCCGGAGAAAUUCGACCCUGAACGAUUCAACGAUGAAAACAAACUCAAGGUCGAGCACUAUGCCUACUUCCCAUUCUCCCUCGGUCCGCACAACUGCAUCGGUACUCAGUUCGCGCAGCUUGAGACCAAGUUGGUUUUGGCGCGAACGUUCCAGACGUUCAAGAUGACUUUGGUACCAGGACAGGAACUGAAAGCGGUGGAACAAAUGACGACUCGACCCAAGGACGGCGUGCGCGUCCACUUAGAGUUGCGCUAGACUAGAGCGAAACUGGUGACAAAUACCGUGAUAAGAUCGUGUUCAACUUUAUCGAGAUGCGCUGGAAUUGGGGCGAAAGUAAUAUGAAUUUAAUAAUACAAUCCCAUCCCACUUAGCCGAAAUUCGAUUUACUGUGGAGGGACUAUAUGAUAAAUAAAAUAGUACGAUCAGACUCGUUCCACUCUGGGGGGAGACCGGACUGUUAACUGUAAUGAAAUACGUCUUGAAAAUAUUGCGUCCGCAUACUGUGCCAUUACAGUAUUAAAGUUGGGUCCAGUGCAGUGCACAAGAAACAUGAUUUUUAGUCUUCUCGCAGGCGUUAACACUGUGUUUUUCAAGUCGAGUCGCGGCCGUCAUCUUGUUUUCGCGCGUCAAAGUAAAAUCAAGAAAAAACGCGCGUUAUGUCCUCAGAACCGGCUGUGUGUUUGUUGAAAUGAUUAUGUGCUAGAAUGCGGGGUAAUCAUGAAUAACCACAAUCACAACAGCAUUCAAAGGCUUUGCUUGCGUCCACUUGAAGAGGAGUUGCGCUUUAAUUUGGAGAAACUUUUUAUAUACCACUUAAUAGUAUAAUUUGCGUUGGCGAAACGUUCCAAGCAUUUAUACAUCAAACAGGAAGCGUUAGAUGUAAAAAUAUACAAUAAUUACAAAAGCGGGCCGUUCUGUUUUUUUUUUUGUGAUAAAAUUUUGUGAACAAAAAAUCAACACGUUUAACAAUAUGUUUUCAUCAACACAUUAGAAUAAAUACAAGCAGCAGUCAAUAGCAGAAGAAUAUCUUAUUGGUUACCUAGAAUUCAAAUCAAGUGAAUCUGAUUAUGAGUGCUUCCAAGGCCCCCCUCGUCACUAAGUAACCACGCAAGCGUGAUGCAUUUAACACUGGAAAUCACAUCUCCACGUCCUUUCGGUAAACUCCGCUUAAGAGUCGAGAAGGGAACUUUUCUAUAAUAAUCAUGAAUAAGACAAGAUGGCGGCUCCACGCAUUCGUGUGUCUUUUAUGGAUUAGUGCAGUUGUCGCUAUACCAAUUUUAGAUGAGGAAAAAAGGAAUCUGUGUUCUGGAGAGCCCGACCUUGCUGCGUGCCUCAAAGAGGUGGAAGAUGCUAAGGCGUCCACGGAAAAUGCAGGUGGAGAUGCCGCUGACCAAUGUUCUCCCUCACACAGAAUCGCAAAAGAACAAUGGCAACAAACAAACCAAUGAGAAAUCACACGACAACGUCCAGGAACAUUAUAAAAUGAUCCGGAAAGUGAUGCAGGAGUCUGAGCAGAACACGGAGUUCUGGGAACGCGAGUACAAGACAAUGAACCAAUGGGAACGAUACGGUCUCGGCUGAGGACUGGCACUGCUUAAUACUAAUAUAGAUACUCGAGUUAUUUAGAAAAUUUGAACAAUUUAAUACUUUUUUCGAACCUAGACAGUCAAAGCGCGACCAGUGAAACCGUGAACAACGGGAAUAUACAGUCGUUUGACAAUAGCCUGGCUGCAUAUAUUAGCCACUGCAUAACUUCAGACUUAGAAGCGGUAGCGGUGGCUAAUAUAUGCUUACAUGCGGGCUUGUCGCGUGGUCGCAUAGCCGGUUGACGACAAUCUUUUUUCAAACGACUGUAUAUGGAAUGUUUGUUCCGACCAAUCACUCGCGAAAUAUUAAACAGUCAAAUACAAGGACUCGAGAAGUAUCAGUUGAAUAAAUUAUCGCUUCUUAUUUUUCAGAAGACAAUAAACAAUGCACACAUAUUUUUAUACGUUGGGAUAUAAAUGCCUGUAGGUUCCUGGACGUCAAAAUCUCGUAUACCAAUUUAUAACAAGUAGAUUGUCGUUGUGUUGAAAUAAAACAUGGAAUUUGUCAA